GCCCCGAUCCUCCUCCCCCGAAGCCUUCCGUGCCCACACCACCUCCUUCUAUAACUGUCACCUCGCCUCGGCAGUUCGCCCGCUUCAUCCGACAAGACGACGUCACCUUCUUUAUGGUGAACGUGACGGAUCUCUUACACUAUGAUCCACCCUGUCCCGACGCCGAGCUCAUCCCUCUAGAGUCAGAUCCUCGUUCUAUCUUCAUGGCUCCCAUCUCUACUUCCGUCCCUCCGCCGUCCGUCGAGUCCACCCCGCCGUCGCGCGCGGACGCUGACGCUGAGGAACCCGCACGAUGUACGGCUGACCUGGAGCCCGCAGUUCGUGACUUUAUCCGAGAGUACCACGACGUUUUUCCAUCGUCGUUCCCGUACGCCGGCAUCCCACCGAUGUGUCACGUCGAGCACUCCAUUCAGCUUGUGCCUGACUAUCGUGUUCACCACCAGGCACCCUACAGACUCUCGAUCCCCGAGGCCACCGAAAUCAAACGUCAGUUUGAGGAGCUCCUGAGACAAGGUUUCAUUAAACCCAGCAACUCCCCGUGGGGUGCACCCGUCCUCUUUGCUCGCAAAGCGGAUGGAACUCUCCAUCUCCGCAUCGACUAUUGCGGUCUCAACCGCUACACAGUUAAGAACAACUACCCCAUGCCUCGUUCCGAUGAGUUGUUCGACCGCCUAGCAGGCAAACGCUUCUUUACGAAGAUUGAUCUUCGUAGCGGUUACCAUCAGAUCCGCGUCACUGCAGCCGACCAGCCGAAGACAGCAUUCCGAUCACGCUUCAACCACUACGAGUUUACGGUGAUGCCAUCUAGCCUCACCAACGUACCCGCUACCUUUCAGAGGGCGAUGAACGACAUCUUCAGGGACAUCCUGGAGCAGUACGUUCUCGUUUACCUCGACGAUAUCCUGGUCUACAGUCGUACCCUUGAGGAGCACCUCAGACGCCUCCACGACGUCCUUGACCGCUUGCGCAGACAUGGCUUUUACGCCAAGUUGAGCAAGUGCCGCUUUGCCCAGCAUAAAGUGGAUUUCUUAGGACACUACGUGUCUGACCAGGGUCUCCACAUGGAGGACGAGAAGAUCACUGCUAUUGCGAAGUGGCCCGUCCCCGCAUCCGCCAAGCAGCUUCACAGCUUCCUAGGCCUGACCAGCUACUAUUGUAAUUUCAUCCAGGGAUACGCUAGGUAUUCCUACGUCCUUACCUCCACCCUCCUCCGGAAGAACCCACCAUGGGCUUGGACACCCCUCAACGAGGAUGCCUUCCGCGCCCUCAAGAAGGCGGUGACAUGCGCACCGGUUCUUCACCUACCCGAUUUUGAUCGCCCUCUUAUCCUUACCACCGAUGCGUCAGACUUUGCCGUAGGAGCAGUGAUUUCUCAGAUCUUUCCCUCCUCUGCUGAUUCCUAUUAUCCUCGUAUCCCUCGCUUCCCACCCCCUACCCCUACCACUGCCUUCCGACUGACGCCUACUCGUCCAGCUACUGACGAGCCUUUUGUUGACUAUUCUCCUACCAUCGUCGAGGACGGCACUGUCGAGUCUCCCUCAGGUGAUUGUCCGAUAGCCUUCCACUCCCGUCAGCUUCUGCCCGCUUAGAUAAACUACACUGCUGAUGAACGUGAGGUUCUCGCGGUUUUUAUGCCGCUCGGCACUAGCGUCACUACCUGCACGGAGCACCAUUCACGG